AUGUCGAAGGCUAACGUCGGAAUCAACGGAUUCGGAAGAAUCGGACGUCUCGUCCUCCGCGCCGCUGUUGAGAAGGACACCGUCCAGGUUGUUGCGGUCAACGACCCAUUCAUCACCACCGAUUACAUGGUCUACCUUUUCCAAUACGAUUCGACCCAUGGAAAAUUCAAGGGAACCGUUUCGCACGAAGGCGACUACUUGAUUGUUCAAAAGGAGGGCAAAUCAUCCCAUAAGAUUAAGGUUUUCAACAACAAGAACCCAUCGGAAAUCCCAUGGGGAACCGUCAACGCUGAUUACAUUGUUGAAUCUACUGGAGUCUUCACCACCACUGAAAAGGCUUCUGCCCAUUUGAAAGGAGGCGCCAAGAAAGUUGUCAUCUCAGCUCCAUCGGCUGAUGCUCCAAUGUUCGUCGUUGGCGUCAAUCAUGAGAAGUAUGAUGCUGCUAACAAUCAUGUCAUCUCCAAUGCCUCUUGCACCACUAACUGCUUGGCCCCAUUGGCUAAGGUCAUCAACGACAACUUUGGAAUCAUUGAGGGUCUUAUGACUACCGUCCACGCUGUUACAGCCACUCAGAAGACUGUCGAUGGUCCGUCUGGAAAGCUUUGGAGAGAUGGUCGUGGAGCUGGACAGAACAUUAUCCCAGCUGCAACUGGAGCCGCAAAGGCUGUUGGAAAGGUUAUUCCAGAGCUUAAUGGAAAGCUCACCGGUAUGGCUUUCCGCGUUCCGACUCCAGAUGUUUCGGUUGUUGAUUUGACUGCUCGCUUGGAGAAGCCAGCGUCUCUUGACGACAUCAAGAAGGUCAUCAAGGCUGCCGCUGAGGGUCCAAUGAAGGGAAUUCUGGCUUACACCGAGGAUCAGGUUGUCUCCACUGACUUUGUCUCAGACCCACACUCGUCUAUCUUUGAUGCUGGAGCUUGCAUCUCGCUCAACCCGAACUUUGUCAAGCUUGUCUCAUGGUAUGACAACGAAUUUGGAUAUUCGAACCGUGUUGUUGAUCUUCUCAGCUUCAUCCACACCAAGGCCUGA